AAGCCUAAGUUGCCCCAUUCUACAAGGCUUCACACCGGCUUUCCUUCCUUACUCACCAAUAUGCUUUCAGGCCCAUUGAAAUGAGCCUGGGGAUAACCAGACAAUUUUUGCUCAUUUUCUCACACAACACCACAUCCAUCAGGCAGCAGGGCCUGCUUUCUGGCAUCCAGGAACAGGGGGCUCAUUUGCAAAAGAGGAAUACAAGAACGCAUCACAAAUUACAAUAAAGCCAGGAAAUAACAACACAAGACACAAAUAACACCAGCCCAGGGAAACGGUCCUUACUCUAUGUGCAAAGCUGCAGGAAGCCCAGCACUUACCAACGUGUGAGUGGUCACCUAGAGGCAGCAGCAGAGGCCCUGAAGGUUGACACAUCUAUUUCGCAAGGUGUAGGACCUUGUGGUUGCAGAAUAAAACCACAAAAAUUCUGCUUUGAAAACAAGAUACAAAUCAGCAUGCCACUGGGAAAGGGGGCUUUUUUGAUGGGUUUCACAUCACGGACCUCCAGCCUUGCACAAAGCGGCAUUUGCAGAAAAAUUGCAAAGAAGAACAGAGCUGGAGAAGUCAGCUAUGUGUCAGCAAUGCAUGGACUUGGGAAUCAAAACUGCAAAGAAAUAGGUGCUGUAAACAUCCCCAUGUCUUGUGUGCUCUGUAAGAACACAGCAUGCUUUGACAUCCACACUGGACCACUUAAGCACAAGCAAGUGAAGGUGGCAGAAUCUUUGUCAAGAAAUGCAGCCUGGGGCCAGAGUCCACAUCACGGCACUUGUCCCCAUUUUGUGCGGGUCUGGAUGUGAUGGGAGAGCCCCAAAUGGCUGAGAGACAGCAGACUGCAAUGGCUGAUCUGAUUUCAAGAAGGAGCGCAGCCAGUCUGAAUCUCAACUGAACUCAUGGCUGCAAAAUCCAUUAAAAACAACACUAUAACAACAAACAGCCUGAGUUCUGGAUCUGUACUGGAGUUCUGCGGAAAUCAUUCAGUUCUGAACGCUGGAUCUUCACAGAAUGGGUCCUGAUGACAUCACAUCCUCUCCUAUCAGUUACGCUGCCUAAAAAGUUAAGAGACAAAGAUCACCCGCGCUGCGCUGCACCGCCCCGAGGACGAUGGCCGCAUCUCCUGCACUGCUCCUCCUGCUCAGCCUCACGCUCUGCUGCACUGGGGCCAAGGGAGAGAGGAACUCCAUGGUGGCCAGGUUCCUCAACAGGAAUAUGAAGCACCCCAAGGAGGGACAGCGGCUGGAGAUGGAGUGCCUGCAUUAUGACAGGGACAGUGGUGUCUCCUGGGUCCGACAGGACAAGGAUGGGAUCGUUCACUUCAUCGUUUACACUUCCACGUUAUCCCGGACCACCUUCCCGGGGAAUGAGAGAACAUCUUCGAGAUUUGAAGGGUCAAAACAAGGCAACUCCUAUCGGCUGGUGGUGAAGUCCUUCACUGAGCAGGACCAGGGGACCUAUUUCUGCAUCACCAACAUCAACCAGGUGCUGCACUUCAGCUCUGGACAACACAUCUACUUCACAGUCACUACAACAACAGCAGCACCCACCACACCCGCUGCCACCACCCACAGCAGCCAGCUCACCAGCAAGGACAUCUCCCGGCACAGCCCGCAUCCAGGUAACCCAGCUCCCUGCAGGGAGGCAGGGGCUCUGCCUGCACUGCUGCUUUGCUCUCAACAGCCUGAAUUAAGGCCUGUGCUGACUGAUGUGGGGAGAGGGGAAGGCUUUGAAUCUGUAUCAGAGAGCUGCCCAUGAGGGGGGGAAAACUAAUUCCAUUUUGUAACGGGCUGACCAGGAAAGAGGUGGAGUGACCAUCCACAGAGAUAUUUGACUACUCUGAGUGAGGCACUAAAGGACGUGGGACAUUAAUGGGACUGAGAAGGACAGGCUGAUGGUUGGCUUUGGAGAUCUUGAAGGGCUUUUCCAAUCCAAAUGAUUCCAUGAUCCCAUUAUCCAAGCUACCUUUCAUCCCACUUGCGGUGAUCUAGAAGUCACAAGCAUGCCAAAUGAUGGGUCACACCAAAACAAGGGAUUGCAUUUUCAGAUAACACUGGUUUUAGCUUCAGCAGGGAAUACAAGAAGCCUGCUGGCUACAUGUCCUCCCUCAGCUCCCCAGCACAAUGCCGACAGCAGCAGCCCAUGGCUGGGGAUGUCACCUGCAGACAUGCCUGGUCCCCACCUCUCUCUCGGUGCCCUAAGGAAGCCCACUCCUCACCUACACUUACCCCCAACAUCACUCAGAGCCACACAACUCCCUUUGCUGCAGCACCUCUCAACGGCUCUGGCACAAAUGGC